AUGUCUCAAGGAACUUCUUUUCUGCCAAAAGAUAAAGGACCUACCGCAGAACCUGGAAAGGCUAUUGGCGUCAAACGGCUGCAGACCGAUACUUCCUCAGGUCCUGUGUAUCAUAAUGUUUAUGUACGAAGGAGAGUAGAAUCUGAGCAUAGUAAAGUGAACCCUUCUCAGGAGUUGAAAGAACUUGUGCCAGAGAAAACUGAGCCACCAGUUGCUUCUAGCACUGGCAUUCAAGAGGAGGUGAAAUGGUCAAGCAUAGAAUACUGGAAUGAGAGAUUUAAUCGGUUACAGACAUAUUUGGAGAACUGUGAUCAUUCAACCCAGGAGGGUUAUUUGCGAAAGCUUAGGUCCCUUUCGGCUGCUGGGCGAAACAUGCAUGCAAUUGAGCUGGAGAAAAGGGCAAUACAUCUCUUAGUGGAGGAAGGGAAAGAGCUGCAGCGGAUGAAGGCUUUGAAUGUUCUGGGGAAGGUUACCCCAAAUGCUUCAUCGAAGCUGGCACCUUUGCAGCGAUAG